AAAUCGUUCCACAACACACCACAAAGCACGUUCGCGGAAACCUUGGUCCAAUCCGGGGUCCCCGUGAACGUCACAUUCCCCGCAUCACUGCCCGAAUCGGUAAAAGAACUCAUUCGACCGGGUGAAACCCUGCUCAUGGCAUGCGCCCGUCUGGGUCUGGAGUCCGCGGCCCUGUUCCUGUUGGAGCAAACUCACAGCCCGGUGGAUACCACGUUCCGAUUGGAUUCGGGCGAAACGGUUUUCCAUUUGGCCGUUGAAUCGGAACUGCGUGCCCUGUGCACUCGCCUGGUCACCAAACACGAUGUGGACCCCAAUCAGUUUCGCACAGUUCAACGGACCUGUGAAUCGCCUGUCCUACUGCCCUCUUCUCUGUCUCCUGAUACCGUUGUGAAAAACGGUCAUAAACUGCACCCGGUCACUGUGCCACCGGAGUCUGUAAACCCGUUCGAUCUAUUCCCGGACGACGAUCAAGAACUGCAUGAGAGCUGUGCUGCUUUCGCUCGUGACCCCACACAAAUGACCCAGCGUAUGGAUCCAGAUGGUCAAGGACAACCAAGCGGCGAUGUGCUGGAAACCAAAACGCCUGUCAGAAUGGUACAGUGUGAGCGAUGCACUCCACUCCACAUGGCUAUCCUCCAUGGACUGCCCGAACUGAUCGAGUUGUAUUUAGAACACAAAGCUCAACGAGAACCGAACUGGUUUUUACUGAACCAUGAUGACGAGUCCGCGUUCAGUCUGGCAUUGUGGAAUGGACAGUUCGAUUUGGCCAAUCGCAUCCUGAUCGCCGCGUCCAAAUCGUCCUACGAUCGAACUGGUUCCGUGGCGAACUCAACCGAAAGUGAUGUACUGGCUCGUUUUACCGCGCAGUCUGAUCGACCCUCACUACUUCAUCGUGCGGUCACUCGUGGACAGUUGGAAACGGUGCGCUUCCUUAUCCGACACGGGGUGGAUGUAAACGAAAGUUUGAGCGAUUCGAACUUCGCUGCUCACCUGGAUACCGAUCCAAAUCAAUUUGUCUGUCCUCUGCUGACUGCCUUGAUGAAUCACAUGCUUCCGAUUGCGGAUCUCCUGGUAAGGAUUCGGUCUAAGGAUGCUAAAGCCCGAUUGAUGUCUAUCUACGGUAGAGGCGAUAACGAUUAG